CCCCUUUAAGACGGCCGCAGGUGGGGUGCCUGCCCCUUUAAAGGCAGGCUCCGGUUUCGAGCCGUGACGUCCCAGCGGUGCUGCGCGCGCGCAGACGGUCGAGUCGCACUUGGCGCCCCGCAGCUCGGAGCGGGGAAAAACAUUUGGUUUUCCAAUUGCUAUUGGGUGGCUCUGAUAACUUUAAUCCUGUGACCAAGCGAACACGUUUUCAGGAGAUUUCUGGAUCAGGACAUCGCUUCUGAGGCUGCCUAUACUUUGCUUUUCAGUGUUACAGCUUUUAUCUGUCUGCACAUAAAAAUAAAACAUAAAAACAGAUCACUGAAACCAACAUGUCUUCCUGGAGUGAGAAGCUGAAUGAUGACCCACCAGGAACUAUGGAUGGGAGUGCUAUGAAGAAAUAUCGUCGCGAGGCUUACCACCGAGUGUUUGUAAACCGCAGCUUGGCCAUGGAGAAGAUUAAAUGCUUUGGCUUUGAUAUGGACUACACCCUGGCAGUGUACAAGUCUCCUGAAUACGAGUCUCUGGGUUUUGACCUGACUGUUGAACGCCUGAUCUCCAUUGGGUAUCCUCAGGAACUAGGCAGCUUUGUCUAUGACCCUACAUUCCCAACCAGCAGAGGCCUGAUUUUUGACACGUUACACGGGAACUUGCUGAAGGUCGAUGCCUACGGGAACAUCUUGGUUUGUGCCCAUGGCUUCAACUUCAAGAGAGGACCAGAAAUCAGAGAACAAUAUCCAAACAAAUUUAUUCAGCGGGAUGACACGGAGCGGUUCUACAUCCUCAACACCCUCUUCAAUCUCCCUGAGACCUACCUGUUUGCUUGCCUGGUUGAUUUUUUCACCAAUUGCUCCCGAUACACAAGUUGUGAGACAGGAUUUAAGGAUGGCGACCUCUUCAUGUCCUUCAAGAGUAUGUUCCAGGAUGUGCGGGAUGCUGUCGACUGGGUUCAUUACAAGGGAUCAUUGAAAGAGAAGACUUUAGAAAAUUUGGAAACCUACGUUGUUAAAGAGCCCAAACUGCCAUUACUGCUCAGUCGGAUGAAUGAAGUUGGCAAAGUUUUCCUGGUCACCAACAGCGACUACCAGUACACCAAUAAAAUUAUGACCUACAUGUUUGACUUUGGCCAUGGCCCCAUGCCUGGAACCCCUCACCGACCCUGGCAGUCAUACUUUGACCUGGUUGUGGUGGAUGCUCGGAAGCCGCUAUUUUUCAGCGAGGGAACAGUUCUGCGUCAAGUGGAUAAGACAACUGGCCACUUGAAGAUCGGGACACAUACAGGACCUCUGCAGCACGGUGUUGUGUACUCAGGAGGUUCUUCGGAUAUUAUGGGGGACCUGCUGGGAGCAAAAGGCAAAGACAUUCUGUACAUUGGUGAUCACAUCUUUGGUGACAUCCUGAAAUCAAAGAAACGGCAGGGCUGGAGAACAUUCCUGGUCAUCCCCGAACUGGCACAGGAGCUGCAUGUCUGGACAGACAAGAGCAGCCUGUUUGAGGAGCUACAGAGUCUGGACGUGUUUCUGGCAGAACUCUACAAACACUUGGACAGCAGCAGCAACGAGCGCCCUGAUAUCAGCGCCAUUCAGAGACGCAUCAAGAAAGUCACUCAUGACAUGGACAUGUGUUACGGGAUGAUGGGGAGCCUGUUCCGCAGCGGCUCCCGGCAGACGCUCUUUGCCAGUCAGGUCAUGCGCUAUGCAGAUCUCUACGCAGCCUCGUUCAUCAACCUGUUGUACUACCCUUUCAGUUACCUCUUCCGAGCUGCCCACGUCUUGAUGCCCCAUGAGUCCACUGUGGAGCACAGCCAUGUGGAUAUUAACUACGCUGAGUCUCCAAUGGCAACACGUAACCGUUCAAUGGGCUCGGCGGAUUUUAAAGGUACUGAGUUCAAAAGGCACCAACUGACCAGAUCAAUCAGUGAGAUCAAACCACCUAAUCUUUUCCCACAAACUCCACAAGAGAUUACACAUUGCCAUGAUGAAGAUGACGAUGAAGAGGAGGAGGAGGAGGAAGAGGAGGAGUAGUACUGAAACUCAAUCCUGACCCCACCCCAUGGAACUGAAAAACGGUUUGAGGCAUGCACAAUGAAGAUGGUGAUGUGGUUCACAAGGGCAAUCAAGGAUUCAAAGGAACAAGAGUUGGUUUUAAUUCUGGAAAAUUAACACCUCAUUGACUUUUUCAAUUUUUCUGAGUGAUUUAGCAUUAUACAAUUGUUUUAAUAAUGGGUCAGAAGUUUGCAUUGAGAGUGUGAUCAUGGAUGGGGGAGACUGUGCUGAAUAGUAUGUCAUUGCUGUGAUGGGAAGAUAGUGAUCGUGUGAUUCAGUCUGUAAUCCCUUGAUCUCUGAUUUAAUGUAAUCCAAGGUGGAGAGAAAAUGCCUGUGACAACUUUGAAUGCAAGUCCUUUCACUUCAGUAACUGAUGGACCUGUUUUGUAGGUCGUUUUUUUUUGAGGUGGAGGGGAAGAGGUGUGUGGCAUAUUACGAGUUAAGUAUCUCAAUCAAAGCACAAACGAGUUAGGACUGGGGCAGUGGGUGGGGUGGCGGUCUCACCCUUCAUUCUUUAUACUGUAUGACUCUAUGCAAAGUAGAAAAUGCAGAAUCCACCAGGGAUAACAUGGCCUUGCUGCUCAGGCCUAUUAGACGUUAGUAUGGUGCUUCCCACAUUCCUUGGUUGAACUGAGCCUCUGCUUGGGAAGUGCGAGCACCACAAAAAAGCCCAGCUGUAGCUUUCUCAGCAGAAUCAGUCUAUUCAAACAAUCAUGUAUAGAAAAGAGUUUCACUGUUUGCCUGAUGGGAUGGUGUGGAAGGAGCUUCUGUGUCUGACUCAGGAGUGCAUGAUGCGAAGGUGUGGAGAGAGCUUUGCUCUGUGCCUAUCUUGAUUGUUUAAGGUGUCGGCAAAGGAGCAGAGCGACUGCCCUUUGCACACCAAACUCUAUCUAUGUACAGUUUGAGAGAGCUUGGGGUUGACGAGCUGAGGUUACAGACAGGACCUACUGUACACAGUACAAACCAGCAGCAGGACCAGAGUACAUUGCUUUGUCAGUCCACAAUGCUGACAUGGACUAAAAGGAGUCACUGUGUUCUAAUUCUCUUGUUUAUAGAGGUUGAUUGUUAAACUAACAAGCAGUCCAAAAAUGUGCAAAUUUCUGUGAUACUCUAAAUCUGUUGUAGGUAAAUGCUGCCCCCACUUCUAGAUUCAGUGUGAAAAUUCAUAGGUUAGAUGUUUUCCAUCCCAGUGCCUCUUGUCUGCCAUCUGAGCAUGGCCUUCCAGAUAAAUUCGCCAGUAUUAAGUUGCCUUGAAAUGCCUUGAAAUCAAAAAAAAAGUUGGUAUUCUGAAGAUGCUGCCAUUGAAGCAGUGGGCAUGUAUACACCUGUUAAUUUAACAUCUUACCUUUUUCCUCUGGUUAAAUUAAAAGGUGUUUGAAUACAA